UGCCCACUGUUGUCCGAUGAAGGCACUGCUGGUCUUCUGGGGGAACUGCAGGUGAACGCUGGCGAAGUAGUAGCUGUUGCUACAGGCGCGGCUCAUGGUGGAAAGCACUCAUGCUAACUGGCUCUAAUGUCGUCAUUGCUGUCCUUAUUUCUGACGGUGCUGGCAGCAGGGCCUGUGUGGUGAAGGUGCUGACAACUCGGAAGGCUGUUGGUGAUAGUACCUCUCGUCGGCAGCAGAAGAAUGUCAGGAACACAGGAAGUAGUGGUGUUGCUCUGGACAUUGAGAGAUGAUGAGAACAACAACGGUGCUGCAGGCGGUGGGAUGUUUGGCCGUACUGUCGAGUGUCUUACGUCACGCCCACGGUGACUCUGAGGACAGCUUUCGAAUGACAUCACCAUGGGGCUGGCGAUGUGUGGAUGAACAGUGCGUGAAGGAGGAUGCAGCAGGGGCGGUGGGACUGAUGACCCUUAACACAUGCAAAUUAACAUGCAGUUCUGUGGGUAUGUUAUGGCCUCGUCCUGCUGCUGCUACUGUUGGGGAUCAGGUGUCCUUGUUCCUGCCUCACAAUGUGACAUUCAAGCCCACGUGCACAGGGGAGGUGUGCACUUUGCUACUGGAAACUUUUGACAUCUUCAAAGCUAAUCUUGAGCAGUAUCACCCUGAUUAUGCCGAUGGUAGUGCACCAUGGAUGGGCCCCUGGAAUGUGACAACGGAGGCCCACAUCCUACGUCUGGAUGUGACGGUGGGUAGCGCUGAUGCUACACUCAGCCUCAGUACAGAUGAGUCUUAUGAUUUGGCAGUGGCCACUAAUGGAGAUGUCACCUCUGUGAUAAUAAUUGCCCCGACUUAUUUUGGUGCAAGGCACGCUAUUGAGACGUUGUCACAGCUUGUAGAAUACCAUGAGCCUACUGAUGCACUCAUGGUGGUGACGGCAACAGUGAGUGAUGCACCAGCCUUCCCAUAUCGUGGCCUGCUGCUGGACACUGCCCGAAACUACUUGAGUGUAGCGACGCUGAAACGUACACUUGAUGCCAUGGCUGCUAAUAAACUGAACACACUUCACUGGCACAUCACAGAUUCCAAUGCCUUCCCACUAGUCCUAGAUUCCCUCCCUAACAUGGCAUACUAUGGUGCCUACUCUGCACGUCAGGUGUACACGCCAGCACAAGUGCGUGACUUAGUGAAAUACGCACGGGUGCGAGGGGUACGGCUGCUGCCUGAACUGGACGCACCAGCACACGUGGGCAAUGGCUGGCAGUGGGCUGAAAAGGAGGGGAUGGGCAAUCUGUCUGUCUGUGUAAACCAGGAGCCAUGGCAGGAUUACUGUAUGCAGCCACCAUGUGGCCAGCUCAACAUUGCCAACCCGGCAAUGUAUGAUGUGUUAGGGCAGAUCUACAGAGAGCUGGUGCAGCUUUUCUCUCCUCUCAAUAUUUUCCACUUUGGGGGUGAUGAGGUCAACCUCAAUUGUUGGAAUUCAACUGAAGAGAUAUCAACAUGGAUGACAGACAACAAUUAUGGUUUGGAUGACUCAGCCUACUAUGAUCAGUGGGCUGUUUUCCAGGAGCGUGCUCGGCAGCUGCUGCAAGAGGCACUGGGAGGCCUGGAGGUGCCUGGGGUGCUGUGGACUUCUCCUCUAACUGAUCCAGAAUAUCUAGAAACAUCCCUAAAUUCUUCACAAUAUAUCAUUCAAAUUUGGACCACAAGAAAUAACUCUGCCAUCCAAGACCUUCUCUCACGUGGCUACCGAGUCAUCUUCAGCAAUUAUGAUGCCUGGUAUCUUGAUUGUGGUAUGGGAGCAUGGGUGGGUAAGGGCCACAACUGGUGCAGCCCCUACAAGGGAUGGCAGGUUGUUUAUGACAACAGUCCACAUGACAUUGCCAUGGAGAGCACUGGUAACCCCCACACUGACCUCAUCCUUGGGGGUGAGGCUGCGAUUUGGACUGAACAGGCUGAUGAUGCUACUCUUGAUUCUAAGCUGUGGCCUCGUGGUGCUGCUCUAGCCGAGAGACUUUGGACUAAUCCGAAGACUACUUAUAAUUCUGCUGAAAUUCGAUUUAUUCACCAUCGUCAGCGACUGCUUAAACGAGGGGUGCAAGCUGAGCGCAUCCAGCCCCAGUGGUGCCACCAGAAUGAAGGGCUUUGUUAUGUCAACCCCUUAGUUAGAUCAGGGUGCAGUGGGGCAUGAGCCCAAGUUAAAGGACUAUGUAGAUACAUAAUGCUAAACAGGCAUCACAGUUGUCAAACAUUUCAGACUCAGAUGAAGAUUGCCAGUGAUCAUGAAUAAGAAAAUGUUAUUUCCAUGAGUGAUCAUCUACCUCUCAUUUUUUUCCUUCAAUUCAUAUGUGAUUAGACUUACAAACUACUGACACACAUUGAAGUGACAUUUCACUACAUGGGUAGAGAGAUUAGGAAUAUAAUCCAGACCAUUGUGUAAAUACCUGUCAAGUUUAUAAAACACUGGAAUAUGUAAACAGACAGAGUAACCAAGGAAUUAUAAAACAUGGGUGCUGAGCCAGGAAGAGGAUAAUGCACACCUGAGACUCGGGUGACCUGACUACAGUUUACCAUUUUUUAGAAAUAAGUUAUUUCAAUCUACGGUUGCAAUGUUUCUAGGGUUAGUAAUAUUUAACCCCUAACUGAUUGGUGCCACAUGGGUGUGUGUGUUUAUGGAAUGGCAAGUGAUGCAUGUGUGUGUGCUGAGGUUUCCUCCCUUACAACCAGACCUGCUUAAAGUUACUGCUAUAAGUAGUUAGACAGACACACACACAGUCAAAGGGGCUCACAGUGCAGGAGUUGAGAUAGUGUUAUUCUUCGUCUACUUGCAACCAAACUAUUGCAUUUAAAACCAUCAUAAAGUCAAUGUAGUGGCACUUCAUGUGUAUCUGUUCCAUAACUCUAGGUUAAAUUUAAAGGAAAUAAAGUGGUGAGAAUAUGA